GGCGGCGGGUGAGGCGGACGAGGCGGGCGGCUCGUGGGGAGAGCGCAGGGGGGCGGUGGGGCGCGGGGGACCCCAGGGACAGUGGGGACCCCGGGCCGCCGCGCCCGGCUGCGCUGCGCCCGCCGCCCCGGGCUCUUCCCCCCUCGCUGGGGGCACUGUCCUCCGUUGACCUCCGACCAGCGACCGUCGCGGGCCCGCGGGCCCCCGAGCGGCCUGAGGGCUCCUGGAGCGCAGUUACGACCUCGUUCAGGUUCCCUCCUGAAAAAUUAUUCGCACACGGUGAACCCCGCCUCCACCCUGAAUCUUCGAGUUUUGAUCUCCUCCCGCCCCCCGCAGUCUUUUCUUUGUAGUAAAGGACUUUAUCUACUUAGUUAACACGUUUAGUUGAGCAUCUACCGUGUGCCGGGCCGCGCUGGGAUGCAGUGGAAGACGGGGUCUUUCUUCUGCGCUUACGGUCUGAUGGGAGCAGAGAGGAGCUCAGACAGAUUCGCAGCGAAUUGCUUAUUUAAUCAAGUGGAGAAUUACAGCUGCGAAGUGAUAACUUAGAGCUCAGGGAUAACUUUUGAGUAUGUAAAUGAGGGGAUCUUGCCUUAUGGUAGGUGAGAAAGGCAUUUCAUUAAUCUUUGGCUGCGUUGGGGCAUUUUCUCUAGCUGGGGCGAGCAAAGGCUACGGAGUCUCCGGUUCGGUGCGGGAGCUUCUCAUUGCCGUGACUUCUCUUUUUGCGGAGCGCGGGCUCUGAAGCGCAUGGGCUCAGCAGUAGUGACUUGCGGUCUCUAGAGCCAGGCUCGGUAGUUGUGGCACACGGGCUUAUAGCUGUUCCGCGGCAUGUGGGCUCUUCCUGGACCAGGGCUCGAACCCAUACCCCUGCAUUGGCAGACGGAUUCUUAACCACUGCGCCACCAGGGAAUUCCCAAGAGAAAGGCAUUUCUGAUGAACUAAAGCUUCGUCUGAGAUCUGAGGCCUUUAUGCAAACACGGGAGGGAGACCCUCCAAGCCAAGGGAAUGAGGUGUGCAGGGCCAAGCCGCAGGAGGAAGCGUGGGCGGCACAAAGGCUGAAGAAUAUCUGAGGGAUUUGAGCUAAGAGACCUGCACUGGAGGGUGUGCGAGAUGAAGCUGGAACCAGAGCCACAGGACCUCAGCCACCACUAGGAGUUUGGUCCUUACCCAAAACUCAAAAAUUUUAAGCAGGAGUGUGAGUCAAGAUCAGAUUUGCAAUUUAAAAAGGUCCCCCUGCAGGGGGUGCCAGAGGUUAGGGUAGACCAGUUAGGCUAUUGCAUUACCCCUGGGUCAGAACUGUUGGGACUUGAAGGGUGGUGGAGAGAGGGAAAGAGGGGUAGGGUAAGAUUAUUAUUUUUCACAAAGGAGGAAUGCUUUUAUCAAAUUUUGAGUUGAGUAAGUCUCAAAAAUUGCCACUGAUUCUGAUCCCACAUUUAAUACUGAACUGUCGCUAAAACCCACAAAUCUGUUUUUUCCCCCAAAGUAUAAUUGACAUAACACAUUAUGUUAGUAUCAGAUGUACAACAUAAUGAUUACCUAUUUACACCUCAAAAUGAUCACAGUAAGUCUAGUUACCAUCUGUCACCAUACAGAGUGACAAAAACCUUUUUUUUCUUGUGAUGAGAACUUUUAAGAUUCUCUUGGCAACUUUCAAAUUUGAAAUACAAUAUUGACUAUAGUGACCACACUGUACAUUACAUCCCAUGACGUAUUUAUUUCAUAACUGGAAGUUUGUACCUCUUGACUCCCUUCAUCCAUUUUGCGACCUCCCCCCAACUGCCCUCCUCGAGAGAGGGGUAUUUUUUUUUUUUUUUUUUUUUUGCCGUACGCGGGCGUCUCACUGUUGUGGCCUCUCCCGUUGCGGAGCACAGGCUCCGGACGCGCAGGCUCAGCGGCCAUGGCUCACGGGCCCAGCCACUCCGCGGCAUGUGGGAUCUUCCCGGACCGGGGCACGAACCCGUGUCCCCUGCAUCGGCAGGCGACUCUCAACCACUGCGCCACCAGGGAAGCCCGAGAGAGGGGUAUUUUUGAAGACAUGUUUAAGAGAUAGGGUUGACAGGGCUUGAUGUUGGGUUGGAUGGUAGAGGGAAAAGGUAAAUGUCAAGGUUUUUGGUGGCAUAGCUGGAUGAAUGAUGAUACCAUUCCCUGAGCAAGGGCCCUGGAAGAUGAUCACUUUUACGGAGGGGGGUGCAGGGGAAACGAGCAUGAAUUCGGGUGUAAAUGCUUUGAGUUUGAGGUGCAUUUGAGACAUCUAGUUGCUAUCGCGUAGGCAGUGGAAUGUUUGGGUCCUGAGUGUGGAGAAUUCUAAGCCAAAUAUAGAAAUGCUUGACUCGUGUACUUCCAGGUGGUUAUUGACAUGUCAGCAGACAAUGCCUGGGAAAGGCGUGUGGAGUGAGGAAGGCUCCAAAGCCCAGCCAGAGGGAGAGGCCACAGUAGCAAAAGGGACUGACCUCUAGUUACAGCAGAAAGGAAGAGGAUGGAUGCAGAUGUACUGAGUGACAUAAAUCAGAGUAUGUUGCUUUGCUGCUGUUGACUGAAUGAAGGAAUCACGCUGUAUAACGGAACCAGUCUGCCCUGCUGUGCCUCUCCCUCCAGCAUGCCGGCACCACCCGUUCACCUCUCGACUCAAACUUCCGUCCCACCAACCCACUGACAGAACCCUUAUUAAAACUGAUCUGGGGGCUAGACCCACUGGACGCGUUCUCAGACUUGUUAUUCCUUUGUGGGUCCUGUUGGCCCUGCCUCUGCCUCCCGCCUCCCACCUCUGCUGACACUGCCCAGGUUCCGGCUUCAUCGGUUCUCAGGCAACACAGUUACCUUCUCACUGGUCCCCCUGCUUCUGGGGCACUUGAUCUCGCCUUUCACACUGUUGCCUGGAUGACCUGUCUAAAAGACAAAAGCAAACAAAAACCAAGCAUGGCACCUAGGAGACAACUGAAAAUUUCAACCCUGAAUAUUUGAUAUUUACUAUUUAAGGAAUUUACACAUAUAAAUAUAUAUUAAUGUAUAUUAUAUAAAUAUGUAUAUUUAUAUAUGUUAAUUGUGUUACUAGGAAUGAUAUCAUGACUGGGAACAUAGUAUUUUCAAAAUAAUAAAGGGGUAGGGGAAGUGGAUGGGGUGUGGAUGGGAUGUGAUCGGUCGUGGGUUGAUGGUUGUAGCUGGGUGAUGGGCACGUGGGAGCUCAUUAUAUUAUUGACUAUUUUUUUGUAUGUUCGAAAUUAUCUGGGGUAAAAGUAAAAAAAAAAAAAUCCAAGUGUGGUCAUAUCUGUCCGCUGGAAAAUCUUCAGUGACUACUUAGGCCAAAGUCCAAACUCAGAUGGUCCGCCUGGUUUUCUGCCCUGAGCCUGACACCACGUCGCUCCUCAGGUCUUGCCUUUUGUCUUUUCAUGCCUGUGUCCAGCUCCGUGGAGGCUGAGUGCCUGGAUUCGCAGUGCUCCUUCCUGUCUCUGCCCUGGUGUGUGCUGCUGCUCAGCCUGGAACGCCCCCCCCCACUCCCCAUUCUUUGGCUUUUCCUAGCCCUUCUAUACCUAGAUCAGGUAUCACCCUCUCCAGAAGGCCUCCCCUGGGGGGAGUGCAAGGGAGCACUGCUCUCAUUAUUGUAAUUGUCUGUCUCCCCCUGUUAGCCUCUCAGCUCUUUGAAGACAGGGGCAGUCUGUGUCUCUACAAGUGCUUGGCACCCAGUAAAUGAUCAUGGGAUAAGUGGUUGGUUAUUCAUCUUUAAACUCCCGACACCCAGCAUGGUGCUUAACACGUGCUCGAUAAGUGUUCAUUGAACGAAUGUUGUUGAGCGUGAAACUACUGUGUAUUGCCUUGGUGGUGUGGGUGUACCACCCCACAAUCUUGGGGUAGGGCUGCUGGCUGCUAGCAGAAUCGGCUGGCAGAGUGUGAGGAAGAGCUGGGGAAUCAGCAGAUUGUUUUCUCCCAGCUUUUGUUUCUUCUCCACAGGCAUGGGUUGGAAGUGGAGUCUCUCCCUGGACCUGACCACAACCAGCACCAUGCAGUUACUAACUGCCCUACCCUCACCUAUUGAUGCCUCCCAGGAAAAAACGCCGCCAAAUUUCCCAGAAACCCCAGCUGCUAUUCUGCCAACAACCACUGGAGGGCCCCAAACACUGCUAUGGGUCUCCCCAGCUUCCUAUCACCCACACUAGACAGGUGCCCAGCAAGCCCAUUGACGACAGCACCAUCACGUCCUGGGUAUCACCUCAGUUUGAUACAACAACAGAAAGCUGGUUCCCGGUUAACAGGAAACGUCAUUGCCGAGACCAGGCAAGGCGUUCAGGUCGACAGUCUACCAGCUCCAGGUUUCCACACCUAACAUUUGAGAGUCCACAGUCUUCUGCCAGUUCAGCCAGACCUGGGAUCCCCCUAAUCAGGGACUGUCCCGGUCAACCAGAAAAGGACAUUUCUGGAAGGCCCUUGGUUCCCAUGCUCAGCCCCCAAAGCUGCGGGGAGCUGUCAGCACAUGCACUUCAGAACUUCCCUUAUGUGUUCAUUCCACCGGAUAUCCAGAGCCCAGAGUCCUCAGGGCAGGGAGGGCCCAUUCCCUCGGUGCAGAGGGAAAACAGCCUUCCCAGCUGCUCCCUUCACACAAGCACGCCCAAGAGCCCAGAGCCUGGGCCUGUUCUGGUUAAAGACACUCCUGAGGAGAAGUACGGGAUAAAGGUCACAUGGAGGAGGCGACGACACCUGUUCACUUACCUCAGGGAGAGGGGGAAGCUGAGCAGAAACCAGUUCCUUGUGAAAAACUGACUGGGUUUCUCGGACAUCCGUGGUCUCAAGAAAUUGAUUGCUGGAGUCAAAAGGGAAUUGAAUUCCCAGAUUUGCUUUUUAAAAUAUCUUGUGUCAUAAACAGUUUUAGUGUCAUAAACAGUUCACUUUGUAUUUUCCUUGUAUUAGCUGUUUAAAAAUUUUAAAUAUCUUGUAACUGUUUAAAAAGUCUGUAAAUAAAUGGCUGCAGAAAGUUUUUAGAGAACGCUGCUUCUGUCACUAAUGCAGCAGUACUGCCCCCUCUACAAAUGGUCUUUCUUAAUUGUUCCCUUUAACCACUGCUUAUUCAUCCUUUUAAACACUUCAUUCAAACUAAUUCAUUCCACAUGUCUGAGUACCGACUCAGUGACCGCUUCCUCUGUGACCAGAUGCAUGGAAAAACUCGAAGCAAACUGUGACUUUUUGUAGUUGAGCUGCUGUCUCUGCAAUCUUGGCUCAUCUGCUGAGAGGGCUGGAUGAAGAAAGGGCAGCAAGCCUGUUUUAAUGAGUCAGUGGGACCAAGGGAGAUAAAGGGGACAUAGGUUACUUAGGGUUACUAUGUUUUGAAUUUUUGUUUCCAACUGUAGUAAUCUGUAAAUAUUAAAUAGGGUGGGAAAACGAUUUCUUGUAACUGUUUAAAAUGUAUGUAAAUAAAUAUAUAAUCUUUUCAAAUACUA